AUGCGGCAGGACGCUGAAGAGGGCGGUCUUCCGAGAGGUCGAAGCGAGAGCCCAAAACCAGGCUCCGUGAAUGGGAAAGAGGGGGAGGCCAGUGAAGUUCGGGUUAGCAGCGAUGCCAACCUGUUUGCAGGUGGGACGGGGAGGAGAGGGGAAGAGGGGUGGCCGGGCGGGCCCAUAAAUCUGGGUCGUCAAGUGAGUGUGCAGACGAGCGCUCCGAUCGACGCCACUUCCACGUGCCGGAUCCAGUCGGAUCAGUCGACUAAGACACGGCACGUAGGCCAAGAGGAGCUGGACAUGUUGACAUGUCAGGUCGGCAGGUGA